UACUAAGCCAGAUGGCUGUCCACAGCGCAACCACGACUCUCCGCAAAAGUCCUCGACCAGAGAAGACCUGUAUGGUGAGAGCGUGCAGCGUUGAUCGGGUCGACGGACUUACAUCCUUUGUCGACAGUCUUCUGGUUCGGAACCUACGAUUGAAACUGUGCAAGGAGGACAUCGGGCUGGAAAGCCUUGUUGCAAUGUUGAUGGAUCAUGUCAAGUAUAUGUAUGCCGAGAAUGCGCGAAACUUCCUGAUUCUCGACGUGCCUGCGGUGAAUCGCUCGCCGGUAAGCAAAUUGCUCGCAGACUAUGCGAACCAACUGGACGGGUACAUCUCGGAGUGGAACGAGCUCCUGCACGACAGCGCACGUGAGUUCACGGAGACGGAGAGCUAUUCCGAUGCCUCCCUCUUCCUGUUCUCGUCCCACAAGAUGCUGUCCGACUUGUUGGACGACGCGGAAGAAUUUGGCUUCAUCGAAGGCGAGGAGGCGAAGCCCGACGGCAAGAUAUGGAUCCGCUGUGCGGACGGUGUGGCGUUCUCAAAGACCGUGCACCGUCUGUUGGCGGAGAAGAUGGCACUGGCUAUAUCGCUUGUUGAGGAAGAAUGAAGGUCUCCGGGGAUGCGAUACGGCCUCGCGCCGCUGAUAUCCGUAGUCCGAAGUAUUAAUGUAUCUGUUUAGUGUAUCACAGCGGAUAUCAGCCCGCGGUCGCGCGAGGAAUAAUGACAUACAUGUAUCCUCGUCACGG